AUGGCGGCGAAGAAUAUGGGAAAUAUAAGGAUUGUUUCGUGUAUAAUCUGGCUUGCUUUUUUCUGGUUGGUUGAGUGUGAAGACCGACGGAAACCGCUGAGGUUCGAUGGGAAAACGGGGGAGUUUAGGAUUCUGCAAGUGGCGGAUAUGCACUAUGCCGACGGUAGGAAAACUCCUUGCGAGGAUGUGUUUCCCCAGCAGAUGCCCUCCUGCUCUGAUCUCAACACCACUGCCUUCAUUCGCCGUCUCAUUCUUGCCGAGAAACCCCACCUCAUUGUUUUCACUGGUGAUAAUAUUUUCGGCUUUGAUGCCUCUAACCCGGAAAUAUCAAUGAAUGCUGCAUUUGCCCCGGCGAUGUUAUCAAAUAUACCAUGGGCUGCUGUUCUGGGAAAUCAUGACCAAGAAUCUACUUUAUCAAGGGAAGGUGUGAUGAAAUAUAUUGUUAAAAUGAAAAACACUUUGUCUCAGUUAAACCCUCCUGAAGCUCACGUUAUCGAUGGAUUUGGGAAUUACAAUUUGGAAGUCCACGGGGUUAAAGAUUCUCGUUUAGUUAAUAAAUCUCUUCUCAAUCUAUACUUUCUAGACAGUGGUGAUUACUCCACAAUUCCCUCCAUCCCUGGCUACGGCUGGAUCAAACCUUCGCAGCAGCUCUGGUUUCAACGAAUGUCGCUCAAGCUUAAGAGGAGUUACAUGAAGAAACCAGAGCCUCAAAAGGCUCCUGCUCCAGGGCUUGUGUACUUUCACAUUCCAUUGCCUGAAUAUGCAAGCUUUGAUUCGUCAAACUUCACAGGUGUGAAACAGGAAGGCAUUAGUUCAGCAUCUAUUAACUCUGGCUUCUUUACGACCAUGGUGGAGGCGGGGGAUGUGAAGGCUGCUUUCACAGGCCAUGAUCACCUCAAUGACUUCUGCGGUAAGUUAACGGGUAUAAAUCUAUGUUAUGCUGGAGGUUUUGGAUAUCAUGCAUAUGGGAAAGCUGGAUGGGCAAGGAGGGCAAGGAUGGUGGUAGCAUCUUUGGAGAAAACAGAGAAAGGAGCAUGGGGAACAGUCAAGUUUAUCAAAACGUGGAAGCAUUUAGAUGAUGAACACCUCACUUCUAUUGAUAGUCAGGUGCUCUGGAGUAAGAGAUCCAACAGUGGUCGUAGAAAGAAACAGAUUGGCCACCUAUGA